AUGACACUCGUCGCCCGCCUCGUCGCCAGGUACAAUGCCUUCUACGCUGAACGACCUGUCCUCACCAUGAUGGUGACCAACGCCGUCUUGGGAGGCAUUGCCGACACCGUCGCACAGUCAAUCACUGCUGUCCGCCAGCGCGCCCUUAGGAAGGCUCCCGCAUCUCCGGCUGCAAGAGAUACAGCCUACGAACUCGACGUCAAAGACCCGUUUACCGAGCGGGAGCUGAUCCCCGAUUCCAAGGGCCUGCCGCCGCCGUUCGACUUGAGCUUCAAAUGGUUUAGCUUCCUGUCAAGGACCUUCCCUAUCACCAAGACUAGCGCUUUUGGGCCUGCUAUGAAGAGGGUUGCCUUUGACCAGAUCAUCUUCGCUCCGUUUGGUGUUGCCUGCUUCUUCAGCGUCAUGACUGUUGCCGAGGGCGGUGGCCGACGUGCUGUCAUGUCGAAGCUCCGCGACAUGUACGUGCCAACCCUCAAGGCCAACUACGCCGUUUGGCCUGCGGUGCAAGUCAUCAACUUCCGCUUGAUGCCUGUUCAGUUCCAGCUCCCUUUUGUGUCUACUGUUGGUAUCGCCUGGACUGCAUACCUCUCCCUCACCAACGCUGCUGAGGAGGCAACCCAGCCAAACCCAGCCGCUCUCAGCCCUUCCAACAUCCGCUUGGAGUAA